ACCAACCUCACAAAUCCCUUAUAAGUUGAAACCAUUAUCUCUCUUCCUUCGUUCAUUUCUUCCUUAAAAGUGCCAAUUUCCAUUAAAGAGUGAUAAAAAAUGGAUCAAAUUGAGCACCAGAAACUGCAGAUUUUGAGGCAGUUCAUAAGAUCUCAGUUUCUCAGAAAGUUUACCAAAUUGCUACUCUCUCUUUCUGUAUUUUCCCUCUUCUUUUCUCAUUCAUCUUGCAUCUCUAUGCUCCAUUCCUUCAAAUUCUACUUCCAGACUCUCCCUUUCAAGUUAAUAACCCACAACAUAGACAAAAACUGCAUAUUCCUCCUAUGUAAUGGCCUCCUUGUUUUCCUUGCAAAAUUCUCAGGUUUAAUCAGUUCAUCUUCAUCCAAGCAUAAUAAUGCUGAUGAGUCUUUCCUGGGAUAUGAGGAUGUUCAACAUUCUGAGACAAUAGUAAUGGAAUCACAAGUUCCAUCGUUGGAGAAUGAAGCUGUGGUGGAGGCAGAAAAUGGCAGUCUAAUAGAAACAGCGAAUAAAUACAUAAUUGAAGAGGUAGCAGACAGAGAAACUGAUCACAAGUUUCUCAUGGAAGAAGAAGAAACACAAGAACGAGAAGGAUUUCAAAUCCCAGAUGGAGAACAAGAAGAUGAAGAUGAUGAAAAUGAAGAUUUUUCUGAAGAAGAAGAGGUGAAGGAGAUUGAAGGUAGCUAUGGUACUGUACAAGAAGUUGAAGAAGGAGAAGAAGAAGUAAGGGAGGAAGGAAAUGGUUUAUUAAGUACAGAAGAAUUAAACAAAAAGUUUGAUGAAUUCAUUAGAAAGAAGAAGGAAGAACUAAGGAUCGAAGCUCGACAACAACUGAUCAUGGUCUAAUGAUCAUCUUGGAGUAAUUCCACCUGACUCUAUAGUUAGUUGUUAUAAUUGCAGAGAAAAAUUCUCUUUUCUCUUCCUAUGUACACAGAAACUAGCUGCUUUCUCUCUUGUAAUGUUGUUCAUUUGUGUUUCCCUUUGCCUUUUCUUUUCAAUUUAGUUACUUUGCCCCUUCUUGUGAGGGAGGCUGAACUUCUGCUCCCAAAUAUUCUUGUUCUCUAUUUCCUUGAUGUAGAUUAUUUAUGUUAAUUAAUGGUUUUUAAUAUG